AUGUUCACACAAGUCCCUGAAAUUGUGGCAUGAAAAUCGAAAAAAUUAUUUGUCGUUAAAUUUGGUGUUUGCGUUAACGUAGAAACAAAGAGCCAUGCUUUUGUGAAAGGAGAAGCAAUGGCUCAACCAGACAAUGUGCGAAGAACAACGACCAUCGAUGCUGUGAAUGCUCCAAGACCCCUAAACUCGCCAGGCUCCAAGAGUGGUGAUUCCUCAAGUUGGUCGUCUAAUUCUUCAUUAAAGCUAAGAAAGAGCCAUGAUAACGACGACCCUGGAAGUGGAAACCACCAUAAGAAAUCAGUGUUGUCAAAGGUGAAAGAGAAGGCCAGAAAAUUAAAGAAAACUUUAAGCGGGAGAAAACGUCGAGAUGAUAAUGAGUUGCGAAGCCCUAAUUUCUCCACUCCUCCAGGAUCCGCUGGUCCUGUCAAGGAUGAUAAACAACGCCCCCAAUUUUUUAGUUCCCCAACGCCAUUGUCUGGAUCUUCGGUUUCAGAAGACACGAAGACAAAUUCAUCAAAAGAGCAGCCUCAAGAAACUAAAAAAGGGUCUUCCGAGACAAAUACACCAUCCAAGAACGAGCCGUCACCACCACAGACUGCUAACGGUUCACCGGAAACCACCGCAACUCGUGAUGGUGACGAUCCCAAAACUAGCUCUGAAGCGAAAGAGAACAAUGAAAGCAGCAUGGAACCACAGGACAAGGACAAAGGUGUUUCGGUGACGGAAUACUUGAUGAACAAGCUAGAACCAGGAGAAGACGAGAGAGCUCUUUCUCAAGUGAUCACACAGACAAUAAGUCCCAAAUGUGAAAAGAUGAAAGAAGCUGUGAAUUCAUUGCUUAGGACCGAAGAAUCACCGGUAAGUAACAACAAGGCUUCAAACACGGAACCCGAUACUACAAAUGUUGUUGAUUCCGAUUCAAAUCAAGAUAGCGGGGCUCGUUCUUCAGUCGAAUCUGUUGAUAAUACAAAGUUGACUUCAUUGACUGGUUAUGAUCAUGAUCCCAGUGAUGGCCCUGAAUCGCGUCUUUCUAAUGUGUCAGCGACAUCAGCGUCUGCUUCCUGCCAAAACCAAAAUGUGAAACAAUCGUCGUAGGCAAAAAAGGGUUGAAUGAAUGUAUAGGAGUCUUGCAGCAUCCAGAAUUUUGAGGUCUUUAUAGUUGCUUUCUUCUUCCUUUCGUUGUACUUUAUCGGUUCUCGUUUGUUAUCG